AUGACUUUCCACAAUGAGUCAGAAGAGACCUUCCCUCCCUCCUUCCCUCCCUCCUUCUCGGAGUACAACUUCUCCGUCUUUGUCACCCACGACCUCUCGGACUUCCCCACCUCCUCCCCGCUGACCUCCUCCAACUGCACCAGCCCCGAGUCGGCCUCCUCCCCCCCGUACAACUUCUACGCGGUGCUGCUGGUGCUCCUCAUCUUCUGCGUGGUGUUCGGCAACGUGCUGGUGUGCGUGGCGGUCUCUCGGGAGCGAGCUCUGCAGACCACCACCAACUACCUCAUCGUCUCCCUGGCUGUGUCCGACCUGCUGCUGGCCACGCUGGUCAUGCCGUGGGGCGUCUACCUGGAGGUGGUGGGAGAGUGGCACUUCAGCCUCAUCCACUGUGACAUCCUGCUCACCCUGGACGUCAUGAUGUGCACGGCCAGUAUCCUCAACCUCUGCGCCAUCAGCAUCGACAGGUACACAGCGGUGGCCAUGCCGCUGCUCUACAACACCAGAUACAGCUCCAGGCGCAGGGUGGCGGUGAUGAUCUCUGUGGUGUGGUUCCUCUCGUUCGCCAUCUCCUGCCCCUUACUGUUCGGACUCAACAACACUGCCGACCCAGAAGGCACCACCUGCAGCUUUGCCGACCCGGCCUUCGUGGUGUACUCCUCUGUGGCCUCGUUCUACGUUCCCUUCAUCGUCACACUGCUGGUGUAUGCGCAGAUCUGCGUGGUGCUGCGCAAACGAGGCAGACGCACGGCUCCGUCACGCAGACACGGGCUGCACACGCUGCGCGGCGCUGAGGCAGGAGAGGGUCAUCGGCAUAGAAAGAAUAAGUGCACACAACCAGAGGAUGUGAAGUUAUGCACCCUGUUCCUGAGGCCCGCCACAGCCCCCCCACAGCGCAAGAAAGUGACCCUGGUGAAGGAGGUCGUGGUUCACCCCCUCGAAGUGGAGCCGGGUCAGUUCCUGCCACAGAUGGGGCAGAGUCUGGCUCCUCCCCCUGCGCCCCAGACCUCCUCCCACUCGGGACGGGCAACCAUCUCCCUGUCCAUCUCCGUCGGACCUGCCCCGGUUCUCCCUUCAGCCGUGACGCGAUCGGGCCUGAUGCCUCGUCCCCCAACUCUGGAGGAUGGCAUGAGGGGGCGUGAGGGAUGGAGGGAGCGCAGCGGAGGUAGAGAGAGAUGGGGGAUCACCAAGGAGAGGGUGAGAGGGAGGCUGUCUCAGCAGAAAGAGAGGAAGGCGACACAGAUGCUCGCCAUUGUCCUCGGCGUGUUCGUCAUCUGCUGGCUGCCUUUCUUCCUGACCCACGUGCUGAAGGCCCACUGCAGGAGCUGCUGCAUCACGCCCUCGCUCUACAGCGCCGUCACCUGGCUGGGAUACCUCAACAGCGCCGUCAACCCCAUCAUCUACACCACGUUCAACAUCGAGUUCCGCAAAGCCUUCAUCAAGAUCCUGCACUGCUGAGAGCCGCCGAGAUGAAAGGUGUCAGCACGCAGGGAGAAGGCCUUCGAGACCGGAGUUGAGAGCAAGUGGAGGAGGAGGAAACAGAUUGGAAUUCACGAUAACUUGAGAUGAUAUCAACUUUCUGGGAA